CUUACCUCCCUAUUCUCCAUAGCCAAACAAAAACAAAGCAAUUUGUAUUUGCCUUUGCCCCCACUUUCUUUCUUACAAGUUAAGACUGAAUACCUUUUCCAUUUUAUUUACAGAAGAAGUAGACAGAGAUAAUCACUUUCAGAAAACGAGAAAAAAAGCAUUGAAUUCUGUGAAAAAACAAAAACAAUCCUUCACCAAAUCCCUGCUUUUCCUACAAAAAGUGGAUAGGUCUGUUCUGACUGAUACCAGCUUGCCUGAUCUCUGUCUCACUGUUUUAGUAAAACGACACCGAGUUUCUUCAGGAUUCAUUAACUAUGUUAGAAAAUAUGGAAAUUGUGGACGUUGAUAAAUUGAUAAAAGAGUUUGAAGCGAUUACCAAAGAUGCCAAGAACGUUCAACGUGAGACUUUGAAGAAGAUUUUAGAAGAAAAUGGAGGCGCCGAGUAUUUGCAGAAUCUGGGUCUCGCUGGCAGAACUGACCCUGAAAGCUUCAAGUCUUGUGUUCCUCUUGUCACUCACCAGGACUUGGAGCCUUACAUUCAAAGAAUCGCCGAGGGUCCUUCUGCCCCGAUUCUCACCGGAAAACCAAUAACCAACAUAUCUCUCAGCUCUGGCACCACCCAAGGAAAACCCAAGUUCGUGCCUUUCAAUGACGAAUUGAUGGAAACUACUUUGCAGAUAUUCCGUACUUCUUAUGCUUUCAGAAACAGGGAAUUCCCUAUUAAGAACGGGAAGGCUUUGCAGUUCAUUUAUAGUAGCAAGCAGAGUAAAACCAAGGGGGGCUUGUCUGCCGGAACUGCAACGACCAAUAUGUUCCGCAAUUCGCAGUAUAAAACUGAGAUGAAAGCGAUGCAAUCUCAGUGUUGCAGCCCCGAUGAGGUGAUAUUUGCUCCAGAUUUCCACCAAUCCUUGUAUUGCCAUCUUUUAUGUGGAUUGAUUUUCCGGGAGGAAGUUCAGUUUGUUUCUUCUACCUUUGCACAUAGCAUCGUUCAUGCGUUUCGAACUUUUGAACAAGUAUGGGAAGAGCUUUGUGCUGAUAUUAGAGAAGGUGUCCUCACAAGGCGCAUCACUUUCCCUUCGGUUCGAUCAGCGAUGGCUAAAUGGCUGAACCCGAAUCCUGAAUUGGCUGACUUGAUUCAUAGGAAAUGUUCAGGACUGAGUAAUUGGUACCGAUUGAUUCCAGAGCUUUUCCCUAAUGUAAAAUACAUCUAUGGGAUCAUGACUGGUUCCAUGGAGCCUUAUCUGAAAAAACUAAGGCAUUAUGCAGGAGAUGUGCCUCUUUUAAGUGCUGAUUAUGGUUCUUCUGAGGGAUGGAUAGGGGCAAAUGUCAAUCCAAAAGUGCCUCCAGAGUCAACUACUUAUGCCGUUCUUCCAAAUAUUGGGUAUUUUGAGUUCAUUCCACUGAGAGAGAAUGCUGAAGAGCAAGUCCAAGACAAGCUUGAUGCUAGUUUCAUCUCUAUGGAGCCCAAACCAGUUGGUCUGACUGAAGUUAAGGUUGGUGAAGAGUACGAGGUUAUUGUCACAAGUGUUGCAGGUUUAUACAGGUACCGGUUAGGGGAUGUUGUCAAGGUUAUGGGGUUCCAUAACUCGACCCCGGAACUAAAAUUUAUAUGCAGAAGAAAUCUGCUGCUCACCGUGAACAUCGACAAGAACACCGAGAAAGAUUUGCAGCAAGCCGUGGAAGAAGCAGCCAAGUUAAUUGCCAAGGAAAAGCUGGAAGUGAUCGAUUUCUCUAGCCAUGUUGACUUAUGGACGGACCCCGGUCACUACGUGAUAUUCUGGGAAAUUAGUGGGGAAGUAAGCGACCAAGUGCUGAAAGAAUGCUGCAAUUGUUUGGAUCGUUCGUUUGUGGAUGCCGGCUACGUUAGUUCCCGGAAGGUGAACGCCAUCGGUCCGCUCGAGCUCCGAAUUCUUCGGAGGGGAACGUUUCAGAAGAUACUGGACCAUUACUUAGGGUUAGGUGGUGCUGUUAGCCAGUUUAAAACACCACGAUGCGUCGGACCGACGAAUCAUAAAGUGUUGCAAAUCUUGUGCGACAAUGUGGCCAAGAGCUACUCCAGUACUGCUUUCUAGCUAACCUUUUUCUCAGCAUUUUUUGUUUUAUAAUAAAUCGAAAGGUAUUCCACUGGCCACAA